UUUAUAGAUUGCUAAAAAAAUAUUUAUUUAAUUUAAAUUGUUGUUUUAAAAUCUUACUAUUCUGUUCGUACGUUGUGUUAGUGAGAGUGAUGAGACAAUAGUAAUUUCAACAGAUACCAGUUCGCUUAUUCCUAGAACCAACAUCAAAUCGUUAAAAUGAAAAUAAACAUAGUAAAUCCUGAUUUAAAUGAACUGGGCUACGUUAUAGCUAUUGCAAACAUAAAAGACAAGCAUGAUACAUCCGCACCAUCGGAUUACCAUUGGAAAAUACUGAAAUGCAGAAUGAUCAUCUUCUCCAAUUCAUCAAUAUUGGCUUGUCCUGACAAGAAUGAUGUUAAACAAGUUCAUAUAAUUUUUAAUAAGGCAGGGGACGAUUACGAUAAAUUAAUUUCGUUAUUCGUAAAGUUUUCGCUAAUUCAGAAUGGUGGCAUAAGAUCGGCUACUCCAGAGACAUACCAGAAAUGUUUUCAUUACACCAUGACUGCCAGAAUUGCACCUGUGUGGAAUACAUUGCAAGAUAAUUACCUCAUUAAUAAUAGAGAUUUUCUGGUUACAAGAGGACCUCAAGAAGCAGUUAAAUAUUGUAUUGUCGUUAACGACACCUUCACCGUUAUUGAAGUUGAUGCCGUUAAAAUAAAUUUAAUGUUAACUGAAGAAGAAUUUCUACCCGGGGAAUGGAUAAGGGUACUGCCAAGCUUGAACAAGGCUAUCGUCGAAGAUAGUUAUAAGGAUUUUCCUCAGGGGUCAAAAUUCAAAUCCUAUAAAAAUUUGCGUCGCCACUGGAAAAAUAUACAUGGAUAUCGACUACCCGAAAAUGAAUCUGCUUACUACUCGAUCCAAUUUUGGCGCGGAGAACCUUUGCUUUAUCCAAAACAAUGCGUUUUGAGAAAUUUUCCUAUUGUUAUACCGACAUCACAGCCGUUAGAAAAACUAAUAAUAUCAAGAUUUGUAACUUGUCUUAUGAGCAAGAUGGCCAAUGUUCUCGGUACGAAACUGAUAUUUAAACUUGAUAUACAGCCAGAAGACAGUAAAUCUCUUGCUCCAAAAGAUUGUCUUCUAGAAACACAAGCUGUAAGCCUCUGCACACCUACUCAAUAUUCUAGAAGUCAGAAAUGAACCAGAAGCCCUAAUUUUAUUAUUACGUUCUGAUACUUUUUUGCAAUAAAAAGCAAAUUAUAUUAAUUAAA